UGAUUGGGAGAGGGCGGUCUGCACAAAUCUUGGUCCGCCCCGGGUAGCACUAACCCUAGCUACGCCACUGUUUGCCUAUAACUAUAAUAAAUAAUAUAAACCGAACAGGAUCCAUGCCACACUUAAAUUUUACAUUUUUAUGAAAUUGUUCUAAGUAUAUUAACAAAUAACAAUUUUUAGCUUUACGAGAACUACAAUGACGAGAAAUAUGUCAACUAUUUUUACUACAUAUAUAAAAUUUUACAGUUUGCGAUAAAUAGUACAGCCUUUGUGUUUCACAACAACAACAAUGUGUGGUUGACUGACAAAUCGUUUUAAAUCAAUGUGACUUUCAAAAAUACAUAAUAGUUUUGUGUAUAAUUUAUGUGCAUUGGAUCAUUUAACGUUUUUGAAUUCGGGCUAUUCUUAUUUUUAAAAAAUCAUUUGUAUAUAUUAAACAAACAUUUAUCAUAGUAAUGGGAGGAUGGAAGCUAGAAGUAUUUCGGGUGAGUGUACCAUUACCCAGUCCAGUAUACCAAAAAAAAAAGUAUUAGGCCUAUUAAUAAUAAAAAAUAUAAUAAAAAUAAAAGAAACUAGUACCAGUAAGCCCUAUAUUAAUAGUUUAUAGUUAUAGAAAGUAGAAAGUAACAAGGUAUAUACUAUAUACCCUAUAGAACUUUAUUAUUAUUAAUAUAAUAUAUAAUAUAGCCUAUGACUAUGGCCCUUAUGGCCUAUCCUAUGUACUAUGUACUAUGACUAUGAGUAUAAGAUUAUUUAAUUAUGAUGAAACUAUGUAAUAUGUUGUUUUUUGUUUUUUUUUGUAGGCUUGCUUCUCACCUUUAAUUUUAACUAAGAAGUUUAGGCCUAAAUUUUAUUUUUAUUAAUUUCAUAUAUUUAAAAAGGUUAAUAUAACAUAAUAAUGAGUGAGAAGGCUAUUACUGAGGGUUUACUGUUACUAUAACUAUAAUAUUUAUUUAAUAAUAUAUAAUUUCUUAAACUUCAAUUUUUAUUAUACUACAACUAAAUUAAAUAUACAUUUUUUAAAGUCAAUAUGUGGCCUAAAUCACAAUUAUUGUUUGUAGUAUUCUUAGAUCAGUAGAUGCAAUUAAAAUUUGAAAGUAUUAGUUAGUAUUACAAUUAAAAAUUAUUAAAAGAUCUAUUUCCAAUUUUCUAUUAAUUCUAAGUAGUCAGAAGAUGCAAGAAAGUAGAGAAAUACAUUUCUACAUAUGAUAAUUCUUUUGACUUUGAGUAUUUUGACCAAAAAAAAAAUGUAUCGAAGUGUCUAAAUGUCCGGCGACCGGAUGAAUUAGUUCUCGAGAGAUUCUUCCAGCGACCAAGUCACAUGACCACCGUAACAAAGUUGCAUGUCAUAUUUGUCCGCCAGCCUUUUCACGUGACCUCUAAUAGUUGAUCAGAACAAUGGCAUUUGAGAUGCAUGUGGGCGACGAGCUUACUUCAUUUCAACAAAUGGGGGAGGGGGGGGGGUGUUAAAGCAAUGCAUACUAGAAGGAAGAAAUACUGAGAGUCAGUGAGAGCGAGAGAAAGGAUACAAAUUAUAUUGAGGGUGAUAAAUAAUUAAGGCUGAGAGGUCGAUAGUUCACAAAGAAAUAGACCCUACCCUAUAGGCAUAGGGCUCAUAGGGCCAAUAUGGUGUGAUGUUGGGGUAGCCAACUUCUCACACAAUAUUUAAUAGCCUAAAAUAAAACUUUUUUGAGGUAGGUCUAUUGAAAGUCAACUGGGAAGUAUUGGUCUUAUUUUGUUUGGUUCAUGAUCAUGUUUUAAAUUUAGGCUUCUAAAACUACAUAGAGCAUUAUUUUAUAUUUAAACCAUUAAUAGACUUUUUUUUUAAAGAGUGGGAUUCAAAUAUACUAGUAUAUAUUAUAUAUUAUUUAGGCCUACUACUACUAGUAAUAAUAGUUUUGAUUCAAAGUUAAACGCUUAUGAUACACUUUAUGUAUCUGAGAGCAUUUGAAAAUAUUAACAUAUUCAGUAUUUAUUUAUUAUCUAGGGAUGGGCUGACUAAUAUAUGUACACAAUUUUGGAAUAUUAUAUGCAAUGCAACUAUUUUGCGGAGACCUCUUGUUACAUGACAUAUCUGACGGAAUAAUAACAUCUACUAGUUGUCCGGCGGUCACGUGACAUGCCUGCUGGAAGAAUAUCUCCCGCACUAUUUGUCUAGUUGCCGGAUGUGUAGACACUGCCAAUAUUUAUUUAUGCUUGUGAUAGCCUACUUGCUGAUAAAGCAAAAUAAUAUAUCAGACCUGUUUACUCUUACGAUUUUGGCGUACUAUGUAUGAUUUUGAGGUGUAUACAUUAUAUAUACUUUAUGUUUGUUUUUUUACUAUUAAGAUAAUGUAUUGAACAAUUUUGUGAUGAUAUUGUACGAUUUUAAGAGUUUGAGGGUAAACAGGUCUGAUAUAUGUUUAUAAGGUCUUAAGUCUAAAGUACUCCCCCCUUUCUACUAAUUAUAACAAUAAUUAGAUCUAUCCUUUGAGUUGAGUUUGUGAAAAAUAGAAUGAGUUGACUCAGUUUAAAAAUUAUUGACAUGGCCAUAGUCAUUAUGUCACAGUCUAUUAAAUAAAUAUUAAGCCUCUUUAACCCACGAACUGUGGUCGGCCGAUAAAAAAAAGGUCCAAUAGCAACUUCCAAUCCAAUAUUUAACCGGAAUUAUAGCCACGUCCUUUAAUUAAUAAUCAAAUCAUCUUCCAGUUCAAGCUAUUUCGUGAUAAUUUGAAAAUAAAUACUUUUUAAUCGAGUUCUAUAUCGCUGAUUUUUUAAACGCUAAAAUGGUUGAAGCCAUGGCUGGGCCUUCAGUGCAAGAACAAAUAGAAAUAUGUUUCAAACCUUUUUAGGAGAGGUUGUAAGUGAUACUGAUGAUGAUUUUAACAUUUCCCAUGACGGUAUCAGUUGAGAUUAUUCUUUUCGUGAAUUUUAUACUAGUCUUAGUGAUACUGAAGUAGGCCUACUGAGGCUACUGUUAGACUUCGAGCCAGGCCCGGAGGUUGGGCAAGGACUGACUGAAUUUUAGUCACAGAAGCUACAGAUUAUAGUUCAGAACUAAUAAAUUUUAUAGUUAAAUAAUCCAAAUCAGUUCCACAGUUCCUUUUAAAUCUUUACAAGUCAAUAAUAACUAUUUUGCCUGAGAUUUCGUAUUUUGUACUUGGACUUAGCAGUGGUCCCAGUUUCUUAUAUAAAUGACCUAAAGCUACUAAAAUUCAGAGGUUUAAUUGCAAUCAAAAUCUUAGCAAACUAUACAUUUUCUUAAAGAUAAAUGAAUUGGCUACAACAUUUAGAUUUGUAUUUUAAGUGUGUCUAUAAAAAUUAAUGAUGUUAAGAGCAUUUGAAAGCAAGACAUUUUGUCAAUUUUUUUUUUCCUUGAGAACUCCAAGGUCAAGGACACUGAGCAAAAUUUUUUUACGGGAUGGGCAAUAAGGUCAACUUUAUCCUCCAUCCAUUUUCCUUUCUAAAAAUAUAUACUUAUACGGGUCUUGUAUCAAUAUUUCUGUGUCAUUUAAUGCAAUUUCAAAUGGCACUCAAAAUGCUCUGAAAAGCUCCACAUCACAGAAUGAUGCAUGCCACAGUUCGUGGGUUAAUUUAAAGCUUUUCUUUCAUUUUGAUGUAAUUAUUAAAAUUUGAAAUUAAAUAUGUAAUUAAAAAUGAUCUAAAAUUGUUUUUUUUUGUUUUGUUUGUUAGAUGGCUGUUUACAUAAGCUUUCCUGUUGGAUUAUUUUAUUUGUUCAACCAGCCAUCAUUUUUUGAAGACUGGAUGAUGGAAAAGAGAGUGAGUUUGCUUCUAUUCUUCUCUAUAUUAAGAAAAAAAAAGGACAAAUGUCAGUUAUCUGUAGUUGUUCCACUAAAUAUGACAGCGGUUUCUAUAUUUUGCUGAUUUCACAAAACAAUUAUAACUCUUAAGUCUAAGGAAAUCCUGGAUACUUAAUGUUCAUGUGGGAACCUGUUGUGUGAAAUCACUGAUGAGGGAUGUUGAAAAGAUUUCACCUCAUUUGAGUGUGCUACACAUGCUUUUAUUUUUAAUUAGAUGAAAUCUCAAAAGAAAAACACAAAUUAUCCCCAUUAAGUUUGUGAAACUCACUCAAAUUAAUGUCAUACUUGGUCUGUGUGAUGAUUUAUAGAUAAUUCAUGAAUGUAUAAAUGGGCUAGGAAAAAUAUAUUUUUAUAAUCCAGUCAAUAGCAGCAUUGUAGUGAAACUUUCAAUUUUGCCACAUCAGAAACUGUCCUUGCAAACCUGGAAAUUUUUGUUCACUACCCUACUGAAUAUUUGAAAAGCUUACUUUUAAAGUGAAAGCCAUCAAUUUAUGAAUGUAAAAUGUAUCUAAAAUAAAUCUUGAAUUACCCCCCAAUCUGUAUAAGACAAAACUGGCAUUAAUCUUUAGGCUUUAGGUCAUUAGUGGGAUUCCACUUAAAUUGAAAUCUGACGAUAUAUCUAAGGGCUGUGCUUUCAUUUCAUUGUUACUAUUCUGUCACAUUGAAAUAGAAUUACUCUGGGAGAUAAAGAAAGCAGGGUUGUUUUCAAUUUUGAAUUCAAAAUAGACUGAUAAUAAUUUCUUUGAAUGGUUUUGUUUUGAAAUUUUAUAGUACAAGUAAAUGGCUAAAAGUAAUUUAUUAUUUCAGGUUUCUGCAAAAUUAUUUACUGAUGGCUGAAAAAAUUAUAUAAUUUAAAUUGAAGAAACUGCAUUCAGUUAAGCUAUUAUAGGACUGCAGUUGAAAAAAUAAUUUUUAUAAAUUCACACUACAGCUUCAAAGUAAAUUACCACUUGGUUCAUUUAUCAAUAAUAACCAGAAUAUCAAGUUUCUAAAGAUCUGAAAUGUCUUAAUACUUGAUUUAGUGAAUUACUCCAUGACUUUUUUUAUUCAGAGCCAGAAGUUAUAAAAAUAGCUACUUAAAGUUAUAAAAAUAGCUACUUAAAGUCCAAAGGUAUUUUGCUUUUUUUUUUUUAAAUACAAAGUACAUUUGAUUUAGAUUCCUUCUCUGCAGCUCUGUUGAUGAUGCAAAAAAGAUGCCAAAUUUUAUAUUUUUUUAGAGCUUCAUUACAUAAUCAACAUUUAUAUAUUUUGUUUGAUUUACAAAAUGGACUUCUGACAUUUUUAUUGAUUAUUAAAUUACACAUGCUAAAUAAAAAGUGAGAUUUUUAAAUUAUAUAACAAAAUAAGAUUUAUUAAUAAUGUUUCCUUUCAGGCCAAGAUUUUCCCUCCUUCUGACCCUAAAGCAGUAAGUCUGGAUGUUUAUACUAAUUUAUAGUAUCCUUUAAUCUUUAGCAAUAACCUCUUAUUAAAGUUAAAAAUAAUAAAUGAUAGUAGCAAAUUAAUUUUGUAACCAACCAUCUAGAACAGUUGAAUUUAAUAGCUUCAUCCUCAUACAGCUAGUUUAAUUCAAUCAUGCCUAUUUUACCCUCCAUGUUUAAGGUGCCAAUCACUAAGAAAAUCUAGAGCAUUGAUAUAUUUAAGUUGUUUUGUCAUUUUUGUAUGUGAAAGAAUAAUGCCAACUUUGUUUUGAGUGUGAAAAUUAUCUAUAAAAAAAGUAUAUCUUUGUAAUUUCUACAAUCUUUGUAAUGCCUUAAUUCACUGUCAAAUUUUAAAUAGAUCAUAUGGGAUAUUGUAUCUCUUUGAGUUUAUUUAUUACCAUAAAAACAGUUUGAGAAAUAUUUUCAAAAUUUGGCAUGUGUUGUUUAUGGAUGGCAUCAUCUUGUUUUUUUUUUUUCAUAGUAUGGACUGUUGGUUUAAUUUCUUUAGUUGAUUUUGCAUUUUAAGAAAUUAAAAAUACAGAGGUGAAUUAUCAUUUACUUAAAAUAUAUAUGUCUGUAAGUAUUUGUAAAAUUGUUUAGUUGGAUAAAAGCAUUGUUUUAAAAACCACUCUAAUAAAACUGCUUUUCAAACAGUCAUCCUUAUUACCACAGAGCCCCUUGCCCAAUAUGAUCCUUUCAUACACUUUGACACUUAGCUGACAAGUGAAUAAGGGCUUGCAGUGCUGACCAUCAAUUUAGUUUUAGCUACACUGCUGUAAAAUAUAUAUUAAAAUAGGGUAUUUUUUUAAUGAACAAAUUCAAAGUGACUUAUUUAAAUAACCUUCCUAUAUUAUUAGAUAUUGGUUUAAUGAUGAAAAAUUAUUUUAAUGUUGAAUAAUUUUAUUCCACAGCUUAAAAUACUAGAAGAUUAUAAAGCUAAGAUGGAACUUAAACAAGAAAAUGAAUGGAUAAAGGCACAGAAUUCAAAACAACUUUAAUUAUAAUUACCAAUAAAUAUAUUUAAAAUCAUAUUGCUCUUACUUUUAGUAUUACUGUUCUUGUUGUAAGCAAACUUAAAGAGUUUGAAGUAAUAAUAACAUCAAUACAGUCAUGUUCUGUAUAUUGAUUAAUUAGUGAAUUGAGAAUAAUUAACAGGGUGUGCAAUAGUACUAAGUAAAAGUCAAGUUUUUGUCUUUUUAUGAAUCUGCUCAUUCUGCCCAAAGGAAUGUUUAUUUAUAAAAUUAAAACUAAAGGGUUAUUGGUAGAAUAGCUCAAUUUAAAAGUUGUCAUUUUAAAAAUUAAUGAGUCCUGUGAUAUUGAAGUGAAACAGGUGCAUCAAUAAAAAAACUUAUGUAACAACAAUAGCCCUCCCAAGAACUGCAGUGACUUAUAUUUGCAGACUUUUGG